AUGGUUCAGAGGGUUGUUUUGCGGCGGCGUUGCCGUUACAACACUCGCUCCAAUAAACAGCGUAUGGUGAAGACGCCAGGUGGCCGAUUGGUGGUCCAGCGCCGUGUUAAGGUUGCACAGGGCCCAAAAUGUGGCGACUGCAAGUGCAGGCUCGCCGGUAUUGCUGCCCUAAGGCCGCACUUGUACCGUACUUUGAAGAAGCGUGAGCGCACUGUUUCGCGUGCCUACGGUGGUGUGCGUUGCCACACCUGCGUCAAAGACAGGAUAAUCCGGGCUUUCUUGAAGGAGGAACAGAAGUCCCUUAAGAAGGCGAUUGAAGAGCGCGAGGCAAAAAAUGCUGCCGCGGCGAAGGCUACGGAAGACAAGAAGGACUCAGCUGCCAAAAAGUCCUCCAAGACAGCCAAGGCCGAUGGUGCCAAGGAAACCAAGGAGAAAAAAUCAAGCAAGAAGAAGUCGGCUCCUAAGUCUUAA